CUGUAUCGUCUGGUUUUGGACCAACGGGGUAAACCUGAGCAGGGUGGGUCCUCAUUUGCAAUGCAUAUUAAAGGCUGGACGUCCUGCCGUGUGUCCCUAAACUAUCUCAUUCUCACCGGGACAAUGAGCUCAGGACCCGAGCUGUAGACCGCACCGCUGUGGUGAUCCGUCCAAAAUGAAUCGAAACCGCUACACGCUUCAGGAGCCCGACGUCAAAGAGUAUCUGGUGAAGGGAGACAGGUUCACAAAAUGGAAAGAAGACUCCAAGAAAACCACGCCGGUCACCAUGAAGAUGGAUCCCAAAGGAUUUUACCUGUACUGGAUCAAUCAGAGCAAGGAAACAGAGUUCUUGGAUAUCGCCACCAUCAGGGACACGAGAGCGGGAAAAUAUGCCAAGCUCCCCAAACAUCCCAAGGUGCGCAAUGUCUUCAACAUGGACUUCCCUGACAGCCAUCAUCUGGCCAAAGCGCUGACCAUCGUCACGGGAACGGACACCGUCAACCUCACCUACCACAACUUCUUCGCUGCUAAAGAAGUGUCUCAGAUGUGGGCCGACGACAUCCUGGCCAUAGCGUAUAACACACUGAGAACCAACGCCUGCAGACAGGUCUUCCUGGACAAAGUGUACGUCCGCCUCUCGUUGCAGACCAACAAAGAUGGAAAAAUCCCGUCAAAAAAUCUUCUUCAUCUCAGCAUCUUAAAGAUGUUUCCAGCAGACAAGAAACGAGUGGAAGCUGCUCUGGCUGAGGCAAACCUCCCGAAGGGAAAGUUUGACACCGUUAAGCCCGACGUGUUCACCGAAGCCGCCUUCAAGACCUUCAUACUGAACCUCUGUCCCAGACCAGAAAUCAACGAGAUCUUCACGUCUUUCACCAAGGGCAAGGGCUUCAUGACGAAAGAGAUGCUGACCAAGUUUCUGAACGAGAAGCAGCGAGACUCCCGUCUCAACGAGGAGCUCUUUCCGCUCAUCAGAAUCGAGCAGGUGAAGAAUCUCAUCGAGAAAUACGAGCCCAGCUCGUCCAACGCCAGCCGCGGUCAGAUAUCUCCGGAGGGUUUGAUGUUUUAUCUGAUGGGCUCUGAGACUUCAGUGGUCAAACUGGACAAACUGGCACAGAGUCAUGACAUGACCCAACCAAUCCCACAUUACUUCGUCAAAUCCUCCCACAACACCUAUCUCACAGCGGGGCAGCUGACGGGCGUCUCGUCUCCGGAGAUGUACCGCCAGUGUCUCCUCGCCGGGUGCCGCUGUCUGGAGCUUGACUGCUGGAAGGGCAAGCCGCCGGACGAAGAGCCCAUCAUCACCCACGGCUUCACCAUGACAACCGAGAUCCUCUUCAAGGACGUGAUCGAAGCCAUCGCCGCGAGCGCCUUCAAAACCUCCAAGUAUCCUGUCGUCCUUUCGUUCGAGAACCACGUUGACUCAGUGAAGCAGCAGGAGAAGAUGGCAGAGUACUGCAGGACCAUCUUUGGAGACGCUCUGCUCGUGGAUGUGCUGGAGAAAUACCCCUUGAAGGCAGGUCAUCCGAUGCCGAGUCCGUCCGAGCUGAUGGGUAAAAUACUGAUCAAGAACAAGAAAAGCAGCGCUCCUGCCAGCAAACCAGAGCCGGCCAAGAAAGCGCCGGGCCCCGAGCAGACUAACGGCGCCGUGGAUGACCCCGAGCCUAACCAACCCGCCGAUCCCAACCAACCCGCUCCGGCUAACCCGGAGGCCGGCGACGCGCCGCACACAACCGACGAGCGGGAAGAGCACGAUGACCACGACGAGCAGGACGAAGAGAAGAUGAAGAACUCCGACGAGGGAACCGCUGGACAGGAAGUGACGGCGUACGAGGAGAUGUCCGCUCUGGUCAACUACGUGCAACCCAACAAAUUCAUCUCUUUUGAGAACGCUGCCAAAAAAAACAAGAGUUUCGUCAUCUCUUCCUUCGUGGAAACCAAAGGAGAGAGUCUGAUCGCUAAGAACGCCGUGGACUGGGCCGAAUACAACAAGAGACAGAUGAGCCGCAUCUACCCUAAAGGAACCCGCGUGGACUCUUCAAACUACAGUCCUCAGCCCUUCUGGACCGCCGGCUGCCAGUUCGUGGCGCUCAACUACCAGACUAUGGAUUUCCCCAUGCAGCUCAACAUGGCUCUGUUUGAGUUCAACGGCAGGACGGGGUACAUCCUCAAACACGACGUGCUCCGACGCAACGACAAGAAGUUCGAUCCCUUCACCGACAGGAUCGACACCAUCAUCGCCAGCACUCUCAGCAUUAAGAUUUACUCCGGUCAGUUCCUGUCGGAUAAGAGCGUGAAGACCGGGGUGGAGGUGGAGCUCAUCGGUCUGCCCAAAGACCCCAAACGCAAGUACCGCACCAAAUGGAGCACGACGCCCAACGCCAUCAACCCCGAGUGGAACGAGGAGCCCUUCGUCUUCGAGAAGAUCCUGCUGCCGGAGAUGGCCUACCUCAGACUCGUGGUUCAGGAAGAGGGCGGCAAGUUCUUGGGUCACCGAAUCAUCCCUCUGGACGCUCUGCAGACCGGUUUCCAGCACGUCUGCCUGCGCAGCGAGAGCAACAUGCCGCUCACGCUGCCGUCUCUGUUCGUUCACAUCGAGGUGAAGGACUACAUCCCCGCUGCCUUCGCCGAUUUCUCCGAUGCGCUUUUCAAUCCUGUGAAGACGUCAAAGCCACCCAAGACUGAGAGUUUAACGUACGUCUGUGAAUAUGAGUUACCUGUCGCUGACGGAGCCGCCCCUGCAGCUGUCACAGACGUGAAGGCAGCAGAAGAAGCUCCAGCCUCCUCAGUGACUCCAGCAGAGGGCGACGCUGCACCUCCAGCAGAACACACUCCAGAACCAGAACCAGAGCCAGAACCCCAGCCCGAGGCCAAACCAGAACCAGAACCUGAACCAGAACCCGAACCCGAGGCCAAACCAGAACCCGAACCAGAACCAGAACCUGAGCCCGAAGCCAAACCGGAGGAGAAAACUGAGCCAGACCCUGAACCAAAAUCAGAAGAAAGCCCAGAAGCUGCUGCAGAUGCCGUCGUCACGGAGACCAAAGAAUCCAGCGAGGAAAGCCCAUCUGAUUGGUCAGAUGUAACCACCGUGACCUGUGAAGAACUGCAGCAGCACAAGAACUUCCUGAAAGUCACCAAGAAGCAGGAGAAAGACCUGAAAGACAUGGAGAAGAAGUUUCAGAAGAAACGAGAAGAACUGCUUCAGAAAUACAGCGACCAGUUCAAAGCCUUGAAGAAGAAGAACGGUGGAAAGAAGUCUGGAGAGGAUCCAGGAGACCAGAUGAAUGAGCUCAAGCAGAAGCUGAAGUCGGAGCUCAGGGCUCUUCUGGUGGAGCAACACGAUCAAAUCAAGAAGAAGAAAGAACAGAACAACACCGAGCGUUUGACCAAACUCCUGGAAAUGGCCACGGAGAAGCACUGCAGUGAGACCAAGGCACUCAACAGCGAGCCAAAGAAGAAAGACAAAAUGAAGAAAUGCAAAAGUACGGAGCAGCUGGACAACGAUAACGCUCAGUCGGCAGAUAACAGCGGCGCUGAUGGUUCACCGCAGGAACAGAGUCUGAAGAAGAAGCAGGCCUCUACGCUGGCCAGCAUCAGAGAACUGAUCAGUCAGCUGAAUAAAGACGCCGUGGCCGAACACGCCAAGAAGAUGUGGUCUCUGCCCGGCGACCUGUCCGAGGCCGUCAACUCCUGCGUCCAGCCGCAUUUCCCCGAGCACGUGGAGAAGGCCGGAGAGAGCCGCUCCGAAAGCAGCGGACAGUACAGCCACGUGUUCGUGGGAUGAGCGCCGGCGCAGCACCAGGCCGUCUAGAUGUAGAGCUGGUUUAUAUUUUAGCAUAUAUACCGUGUUCUUUAGGUGAGACGAGACUAAGAGAGAAAUACAGGAGGAUAUCAGGGCAUCAUCAGAGCCGGAUUUCACUUCCAUGCUUCGCGCUAAAAAAAGCUGCAUGUUUUAGGGCCAUUACUAUUUUUUUGCCGUUGUUUUGCAAAUUCUUAUUAGUUUAAUACAAAAAGAAAGUCGUGUGAUCCUUCAGCUAUAUGAUAUGAUCUUUUUGUACGUAUAUUCUUCUUAUUGGGUUUGUUUUAAUUUACUAGAUAAAAUUAAUAUUGCUUGGAUUGUGUGAUUAUAUGAGUGUGUGUGUGUGUGUGUGUGUAUUACAUAUAUAUUAAUGCUGGAUAUUAAUUGCAUAUUCCUGACUAAUCCCAUUCAAAAUAAACAUAAUAUAUGUAUACUAGUUGUCUAUUAUAUAAAUACGCACACUUGCAUGUAUAUAUUUCAGAAAAAUAUGUUAUGUUUAUGUAUUAAAAUAAUUGUUAUUAUUUAUAUUAUAAAUUGCAUUCAUAUAAAUAUAGAC